AUGGAUGAACCCGAAGUGGUGGAAGACUUCUACGGUGUGUACCUACUCUAUUGUAUCAACCCUAAGUAUAAAGGUCGCACCUAUAUUGGUUACACACGAGAUCCAAACAGAAGAAUUAUGCAGCACAACAGAGGCACUUGGGCCGGUGGAGCCCACCGAACUAACAAUAAAGGCCCUUGGAAAAUGGCGAUGAUAAUACAUGGGUUCCCUAAUAAUAUAUCUGCGCUAAGAUUUGAAUGGGCCUGGCAGAACCCAAAUACAACAGUUAGGCUAAAGCACUUGAAUCUUAAAAAGAUUCCAAGAAAGGAGACUGAAUUUAAAUUCAAGCUCAGGGUCCUUAGUGAAAUGCUCCGUGUGGGACCCUGGUGUAGGCUACCAUUGAUAAUAAGAUGGCUUGAGGAUGACUAUAAAGAAGAAUUUCCGCCUGAAAGAAAACCUCCAGCUCACAUGGUAUUAUGCCAAGGUACAGUCAAGAGUAAAAAUCUAAAACGGAUAGUUAUUUCCAACACUAUUGUAACUGAAGAAUGCCUAUUAUGUUCUAAUUAUAUUUUAAGUGGUCAAUCUAAAUUAACAUGUUUAAACGCAAAUUGUGAACUUUUAGCCCAUGUUACAUGUUUGGCAGACAUAUUUUUGUCUCCUGGAGAAUAUGUGCCAAUAGAAGGCAACUGUCCUUUCUGUAAUACAAAGCUUAAGUGGGGAGAUUUAAUUAGGAAAAUGAAGGGAUGUUCUCAAAAUAGCGAAGAAUGCCCACAAGAAGAAGAAGAAGAAGAGGGAUCUUGUAAUGAGUUUCAAGAUCUAAAAUUAGUUGAUAAUCCUUCAUGGUUCCUAGAUUGCAACGAUGACUUAUGA